GUGCUAGACAAGGGAUUAAAUGACAAUGGAGAUGCAACUGGAGAAGUUGAUUGGAUCCUAAGCUUGGAAGGCUUUGAAGAACAUUUACAAAUCACCCUGAGAGUGCCAAAUUUUGCCCACAACUUAUAGAAAUAUACAAUGUCUUCACUCAAGGUUCACGGCUUUUAUAUUGCCUGUGUUUCUCCACCUUCCGAUGAGGCUUCAGCAGAAUCCGAGCUCUUCUCCUGGAAUCAACCAGCAAGCGGUUAUCAGAAUUCUCCAGCCACUCCUGGAUACCACUGCCAACAAGCUGGAAAGAAUUGUGCAGGGGAAAUGCCAGCCUUGCUGAAUCAAGCAACUUCUUCAACCCAGAGUUGACUGUACAGAUGGAAGAACAGACUGAGACAGCUGCUCAAGGUCACCUUACCAGUCACUGACAAGUCUGGGGUUUAAACUUAGAUGUAACGGGUCUCCACAGACUCUGUAGGUCACGGGAAGAGGAUUUGCAAGGUGGGAGAGGCAAAGGAAGAAUUUUGCAUUUGGAAGUCACAUUCACUGAAUCACAUAUUCUCACGCUUCCAACUCCCAGCGCACCAGUUCUUCCUUAUCAGAACCUCUAGUCCUCUGAGCUCUCAUACUUUCUCUCAUUCAUCACUUUCCUCCUCAUCCGGUAACUGAAGUAUCACUGCCGCCACUGGUAAUCUGGGCCAGUAAACCCGGAAGGUGUGUGGAGGGCUUUGCGCAUGCCCAGCCACUACGCGCAGAUUGGAGCCGCUCGGAGGCAGGACCAGAGUGACGUCCUAACGGCGCGCCGCUCCCUGGCGUCCUAGCAAGGUCGCUUUGCAGUGCAAGUGCGCGCGUAAGUGACAAGACCCUGGUUCGGGGGCGCGCCGUAUCCUGCUGCCUUGGUAUCAGUGGCGACAUGUCAGGGUAUACGUCCGACGAGAAAUUGCGGCUGCAGCAGCUGCGAGAGCUGAGAAGGCGAUGGCUGAAGGAUCAGGAGCUGAGCCCCCGGGAACCGGUGCUGCCCCCGCGGAGGAUGUGGCCUAUGGAGCAAUUCUGGAAUAAGUUUUUGCAGGACGGGGCCUCCUGGAAGAACGUGACAAAACCAUAUGCCGUCGUUGAAAGGAAGCCCAGAAUAUUCCCAGGUGAUACAAUUCUGGAAACUGGAGAAGUAAUCCCACCAAUGAAAGAAUUUCCUGAUCAACAUCACUGAAGAUUACUUUUAAAAUUUCAAAGAUGUUUGAGCCCAAGUUUGUUGCUACAUUACCACACUUACUGAGUAUAUUUUCUGGAAAAGUAACUUUAAUAAAGUUUACUCAGA